AUGGCGUUGCAGAGAUCGACAACUUCUUUCAGGAGACAAGGAUCAUCAGGACUCAUAUGGAACGACAGAUUCUUGAGCGGAGAGAUUCGCAAAGACGAAAGAAAAGAAGACCGACGUAACGAUCAUCGUGACGUAUCAAUGGCUGCCACCACAGCAAAAGUGCAACGUAGCGCAUCUGAUGGAGGACGUAGCCACGGUGGACGGUUGGAGAUUUCUACAACGAUGGAUCCACCUUCUCCUGAAAUAUCUGCUGAAGAAGGAGACGCAGAGGAAGAUCAUUAA